UCCAACAUGGCGGAUGGAGCUAGUGAAAACAUGUUGGAAGCAAAUGUUGAACAACAACUCUCCAGAAUCGUGAAAGAUGUUCGCUCUGGAAACCUAGAUCUUGUUACUUUUAUUGAAGAACUAGGGCCGCAGUUGACCAGUACUGAUGUAGAUAAGAGGUGCCAUGGUGUGCGGUUGUUGUCUGAAGUCUUGCAUCGCCUUGUUGGGUUUCAAUUUAAGGAAAAAGAAGUGGCAUUGUUUUGUGAAUUUCUGUGUGAUAGACUCAAGGAUCACUACACCAUUAUUCCUCAUGCUCUGUUUGGUAUUCUUGCCUUGGUCACAAAUCAAGAUGUCACAGAUGCAGACUGUGUUAAACUUAUGCAGACGUUGUUCAAAGAAGUUCAUGUCCAGUCUCUGCUGAAGGAAGGAAGACUCACUGCAUUGAAUCUGUUUGCAGUUGUGUUAAAUAAACAUCUUCAAGCUCUGAAGGGUAUUGGAAAUGAUUUUGUGUUUGGUUUCUUCCAAGCUAUGGAUGGAGAAAAGGACCCCAAAAAUUUACUCCUGGUGUUUGAGCUAGUCAGAGUCAUCAUCAGCAACUUUUCAAUAGUUUUUCCUUUUUUAACAGCACAUGCUUAUGCUGAAUAUGUUAGGUAUUCCCUUAAGCCUCCAGAUGAUCCAUAUGGAAUCAAGAAAGAUGAUUUGGUGAUGAGUUUGAGAAAGUGUCUUGCUGCUACAAAUCAGUUUGCCCCUUUCUGCUUUCCACUUCUUAUGGAGAAGCUAUCAUCUGAUAUCACUGAUGCAAAGAUUGACUCCUUAUUGACGCUGUCAGCAUGCUUGGAAGUGUAUCAAAGCAGUUAUUUAGUUGAGUUCUUGGAGCCUCUUUGGACAAGUCUUAAAAGUGCAGUUUUCCAUUCAGGAAUUCCUGUAUUAGAGGUUUCUCAUAAAAAGAACUUCAUUUACACAAUUACAAACCUUCUCAGAGCUGCUAAAACCUUUCAUGGAGUUUCUGCUGACAGCCGAGUGAUCAAAUACAAGGAAGCUCUUUCUACAACAUUAUUUACUUUCUUGGCAAAUUUAAAGUCAACAUUAUGUUGUGCAACAGUGGAGUGUUUCAUGGUUCUUGUUGACUUAACUGGACUUUUAACUGAAAAAGAGGUGCAGUUGCUUGUUGAGCAUGUUACAUCCAUAGUACUUGGGAGCAAGGAAGCUUCUCUAAGCCAUAUUAGCUCUGCUGCAUUGUCACAGUUAUCCAGAAAUUAUCCUGCCAUUAUCAUUUCCACACUGCUCCCCCUGAUGGAGAUGCAUCUUAAAACUGAGGAAGGGUCAGCUAUGGAUAUAGAUGGCAAUCAAACCUUGACCACCCCUGUUAGUCACCAGUGUGUCCUUAGUACUUUGGGGGCUGUGUGCACAGAGGAGUCAAUCAUCCAUGCAGUCAUCCCACGGCUUGUUGAACAUGUGCAGUUCUUAUGUGAUGAGGAGAAUUCUCACGAAGACUUUCUGUCCCAAGUUUGUGCAGUCUUUCUGUGUAUUUUGAAUAUUGUGGAAGGUUCAAUUCAGAAAGGAAUCACCUCAGCUGCAUACUUCAAACAAUCACUUGUUCCUGAUAUUAUGAAGAUUGUUCUCGAAUCAGCUUUGAGUAAUUGUAAAGAAGGAAUGACUAGAGCCAUUUCAAAGGAUGUUUUAGACAGCAUUGCCACCAUUUUGAGGACUGUGGCUAGUAACCUAGACAUUGAAGCGGCACAUAAUCUUCUCGAAGAUUUUGUUGGGAUAUAUCUUGAUGGAAAAUCCUCCUUUCUCCAAGCAACAGUAGAAAAAAAAUUUUCGCCAUUUGAGCCCACAUCAUCCUGGGAACAAACUCAACUUGUGUCCCUGUUAACAGCCACCUUAUGCUCUGCAAGACGGGAGGUUGCUGUCCCACGCCAUUCAGUUCUCAUUCCCAGGCUUCAGCAAAUAGCAUGUCAUUGUGAUCAUAGCAGAAGUGCGGAAUGUGGGGCCCAAUGCCUGGCUGGGAUAAUUAACAAGCUACCUGAAGGUGAAGAAUUAACCUCAGCAGUGAAUGGAUUGGUUAGCAAGAUAUGGCAAGCCAGUGAGAAAGAGGGUUCACUGAAACGAGCCACCAUAACUUGGCUUUGGUUGACAAAAGCCUUGGUCAUUCGGUCUCAUCCGUUGGCGCCUUUAUUUAUUGAUAAGAUUAUGAGUUUAUUAGUUGAUAAAAAUGUCGGACGUGUAGCAGGAGAUGGUUUUUAUAUCAUCAUGGCGGAUUAUGAAGAGGUUAUGAACAUUAAAAUGCACGUGAAUUACAGGAUGAUGUAUCGUCAGCGACUUUUUAUGGAGACGUCUCCCAAGUUAAUAGAAGGAUUUCACUCGGCAGAGCCAGAAUUCAAGCAUCAUUACCUCUGUGCCUUGUCUCAUCUGUUACAGUGGAUACCUAAACAGGUUCUGCUCAGUGAAGUACCAAAUUUGAUGCCGCUGUUGGUUCAGUCCUUGUCAUGUGAUGAACAGAGUUUAAAGCUGUCCACUUUACAGACCAUGUACUCACUAGCGUUUGAUGCGCCAGAGAUUAUCGCUCGUCAAGUGACUUCACUGGUCCCCAUGCUCCUGGGUUUGACACAGUUUCAACUCUCAAUGAAAGUUAGAAUGGAAGCUCUCAAGUGUCUUGGAGCUUUGACAACUUUACCUCACCACGUGGUUUACCCGUACAAAACGAAAGUAUGUAGAGCGCUAGCUGAUUCAGUUGAUGAUAAGAAGAGACUUGUUCGAAAGGAGGCCGUAAAAUGCAGGAAUGAAUGGUAA